GUACGGUGGAGUCUGUGUCAGUUCCUAUCUGUGUUAGAUACUAACUGUCUGUCUGUGUUAGAUACUAACUGUCUGUCUGUGUUAGAUACUAACUGUCUGUCUGUGUUAGGUACGGUGGAGUCUGUGUCAGAUCCUGUCUGUGGGUUGAGGCUGAUACAUACACGCCAACGCAGAAUCAUAGGAGGAGAGAACUCACUGAGGGGAGGCUGGCCAUGGCAGGCUGCGGUGCGUCUCAGAGGCUCUCGGGGGGACGGAAGGUUGGUGUGUGGAGCGACUCUCAUCAGCUCCUGUUGGAUACUCACCUCAGCUCACUGCUUUAAGAGGGAUGGUAACAGUACUAAACAGUACAAGGUGAGGGUUGGGGAUUACCAUUCUCUGGUUCCCGAGGAGUUUGAGGAGGAGUACGCCGUCGAUCAGAUCGUCCUGCACCCUAGCUACCGUUCCCACAGCAACGACUACGACCUGGCCUUGGUGCGUCUGUCGCCGGGAGUGGCGGGGAAGGGCCGCGGUCGAUGUGUGGCGUUCAGUCGGCACGUUCUGCCCGCCUGUCUGCCGCUACGCAAGGAGAGAGUCCUGAAACAGGCUUCCAACUGUCACAUCACAGGCUGGGGGGACACAGGUCGGUCCUACUCUAAGACCCUCCAACAGGCUCCUCUCUCCCUCCUCCCUCGUCGUCACUGCCAACAGCGUUACCACGGAGCCUUCACUAGCCGCAUGCUCUGCGCCGGGACAGACGGCCAAUCGGAGCGCCGCGUGGACAGUUGCCGUGGAGACAGCGGCGGCCCGUUGGUGUGUGAGCGUCCGGGCGGAGGGUGGGUCGUGUACGGUGUGACCUCGUGGGGUCACUCCUGUCGCACGCAACACUCACCUGGCGUCUACACUAAAGUCUCCGCCUUCACACCCUGGAUACACAAGGUGAUUGGACAAUGAGAGGGAUACAGGAACUGGGAUCGUCAAGGUGAUUGGACAAUGGGAAGAAUAUAGGAAGUGGAUUUGCAAGGUGAUUGGACAUUGGGAUAAGGGCAUGAAGAGAUGACAGCCAAUGUGAGAUAGUGGUAGAUAACGGACUGGCCAAUUGAGAAGGACUAUAUUUGGAGCUUGUGAUUUGAUUGGUCAGUAAAAUAAGUGGUUUCAAACCAGUUGAAAGGCUUGACCAAUCUCACCCCGGUCUCUCGUUCAUAUCUACCCCUCCCCCCUUUACCCCCUCUCUCUCUCUCUCUGCUUUCCCCUCUCCUCCUCCUCCUCAUUCCCUCUCUCUCUUCCUCCUCGUUCCCUCUCUCUCUCUCUGCUUUCCCCUCUCCUCCUCCUCCUUGUUCCCUCUCUCUCUUCCUCCUUGUUCCCUCUCUCUCCUCCUCCUCCUCCUCAUUCCCUCUCUCUCUUCCUCCUCGUUCCCUCUCUCUCCUCCUCCCCUCCUCGUUCCCUCUCUCCUCCUCCCCCUCCUCGUUCCCUCUCUCUCUCUUCCUCCUCGUUCCCUCUCUCUCAUCCUCCUCGUUCCCUCUCUCUCUUCCUCCUUGUUCCCUCUCUCUCUCUUCCUCCUCAUUCCCUCUCUCUCCUCCUCCUCCUCCUCCUCAUUCCCUCUCUCUCCUCCUCCUUGUUCCCUCUCUCUCUCUUCCUCCUCGUUCCUUCUCUCUCAUCCUCCUCGUUCCCUCUCUCUCUUCCUCCUUGUUCCCUCUCUCUCUCUUCCGCCUCAUUCCCUCUCUCUCCUCCUCCUCCUCCUCAUUCCCUCUCUCUCUUCCUCCUUGUUCCCUCUCUCUCUCUUCCUCCUCGUUCCCUCUCUCCUCUACUGAACACAAUCUCAACUCCUCUUUAUCAGCACUUAUUUAAUUGAACCCUUUUGAGGCGACACUAUUUAAGGUUAAAUCAACUCCUGGUUUGAUGAACAGUGGAGAUUCUUAACAAGACGUAAUCUGAGAAUGUGUUGUUGCUUUGCUACGGUGUGGACUAACGAACACAUCCCAGACAACCAGUCUAAAAUGUUUUCUAUUGUUCUAUAAAUGACCUGAUGAAAGCAACUACAGGUACAGCACAUUGUUGUUGACAUCCGACUCCUAGGGGAACGACGGGGACCAGAGGCACAGGGACACACACACACACACACACACACACACACACACACACACACACACACACACACACACACACACACACACACACACACACACACACACACACACACACACACACACACACACACACACACGACAACAUGACUGAGUCUCCUUCGUACUGUGAAGGAGAAGGUGGAGAUUUACACUGAGGUACUGCUGUCAGUCAGCAUUCUGCUGUUACUCUACACCUGUUGUUUACAAAGCAUGUGACUAAUACAAUCUGAUUGGAUCUGUUGUUGUUUACUGUUCACCCUCCGAGUCCGACAGCUGAACUGUUGAUCAAACGGAUUCAGAUGGCACCCUAUUCCCUAUAUAGUGCACUACUUUAUAGGUGCACUACUUUAGACCAGAACCCUAUUCCCUAUAUAGUGCACUACCUUUAUAGCACCCUAUUCCCUAUAUAGUGCACUACCUUUAUAGAACCCUAUUCCCUAUAUAGUGCACUACUUUAGACCAGAGCCCUAUUCCCUAUAUAGUGCACUACCUUUAUAGAACCCUAUUCCCUAUAUAGUGCACUACCUUUAUAGAACCCUAUUCCCUAUAUAGUGCACUACCUUUAUAGAACCCUAUUCCCUAUAUAGUGCACUACCUUUAUAGAACCCUAUUCCCUAUAUAGUGCACUACCUUUAUAGCACCCUAUUCCCUAUAUAGUGCACUACUUUAGACAAGAGCCCUAUUCCCUAUAUACUGUAGUGCACUACCUUUAUAGCACCCUAUUCCCUAUAUAGUGCACUACUUUAGACCAGAGCCCUAUUCCCUAUAUAGUGCACAACCUUUAUAGCACCCUAUUCCCUAUAUAGUGCACUACUUUAGACCAGAGCCCUAUUCCCUAUAUAGUGCACUACUUUAGACCAGAGCCCUAUUCCCUAUAUAGUGGUACCACUAAAGACCCUAUUUCCUAUAUAGUGCACUACAUUAUACCAGAGCCAUAUUCCCUAUAUAGUGCACUACCUUUAUAGAACCCUAUUCCCUAUAUAGUGCACUACCUUUAUAGAACCCUAUUCCCUAUAUAGUGCACUACCUUUAUAGCACCCACUAUAGACCAGAGCCCUAUUCCCUAUAUAGUGCACUACUUUAGACCAGAGCCAUAUUCCCUAUAUAGUGCACUACCUUUAUAGAACCCUAUUCCCUAUAUAGUGCACUACCUUUAUAGCACCCUAUUCCCUAUAUAGUGCACUACCUUUAUAGAACCCUAUUCCCUAUAUAGUGCACUACCUUUAUAGCACCCACUAUAGACCAGAGCCCUAUUCCCUAUAUAGUGCACUACUUUAGACCAGAACCCUAUUCCCUAUAUAGUGCACUACCUUUAUAGCACCCUAUUCCCUAUAUAGUAUAAUAAUUUUGCACGCCCAAUUUUUCAGUUUUUGAUUUGUUAAAAAAGUUUGAAAUAUCCAAUAAAUGUCGUUCCACUUCAUGAUUUUGUCCCACAUGUUGUUGAUUCUUCACAAAAAAAAUACAGUUUUAUAUCUUUAUGUUUGAAGCCUGAAAUGUGGCAAAAGGUCGCAAAGUUCAAGGGGGCCUAAUACUUUCGCAAGGCACUGUACGUAAGGACUAGGGGCCCAUUUAGGAUGCUAACCCUGUCUGUGUUGACUCAAUGUACUGUACUACACCAGGACUAGGGGCCCAUUUAGGAUGCUAACCCUGUCUGUGUUGGCUCAAUGUACUGUACUACACCAGGACUAGGGGCCCACUUAGGAUGCUAACCCUGUCUGUGUUGACUCAAUGUACUGUACUACAUCAGGACUAGGGGCCCAUUUAGGAUGCUAACCCUGUCUGUGUUGACUCAAUGUACUGUACUACACCAGGACUAGGGGCCCA